AUGCCAGAAGUGGCGCUUGAAUCUAACAUACACAGAGUUGUAGAAGAAAUAGCUGGCCAUGGGAAUAGUGACACUGCCGCCAUUCGAGAGCCCCUAGAUAUGCAGUCAGAGGCUUCAGGGAAGGCUGAGGCCAAGAGUAGCCCAGAGGAAGAGGUUGAACUAAAGGAGUUGAAAGAUUUGGAGAAGUCUGUGGAGAAGAUCGCUAACCAACUGGGAGAGUUGAAUAAGGAGCUUACUGGAAUCCAGCAGGGUUUUCUGGCCAAGGAUUUGCAAGCUGAAGCUCUCUGCAAACGCGAUAGGAGAGUAAAAGCCACAAUCGAGCAGUUUAUGAAGAUUCUGGAGGAGACUGACACACCAAUUCUGCCAGAAAAUUUCAAAGACAGUAGGCUGAAAAGGAAAGGUUUGGUGAAAAGGGUUCAGGCGUUCCUAGCUGAGUGUGACACAGUGGGGCAGACCAUCUGCCAGGACACAGAGCGGCUACAAUCCACAAACUUGGCCCUGGCCAAAUGAGGUAAAGUGGAGAGAGGCUGUACUGCCCUGAAGAACCACAUCACCAGCCCUGCCCUCUCCGUGAUAGAAGUUACCUGAUUUCUCCAGGGCUGCUGGGGACAGUUCGCCGACUGCCAGUUUUCCUUCUCCUACACCUGUUCUCAAUGAAUGAGUAUUGUCUUUACAAUCUUAA